AUGUCGAUACCAUGUGGUUCACGAGUUCGUGUUGCUGUCACCCAAGCUGAACCUGUCUGGCUCGACCUCGACGCCACGGUAGACAAAACAUGCACUCUCAUUGCAGAAGCUGCUGCAAACGGGGCACAACUAGUGACGUUCCCUGAGUGUUGGAUACCUGGCUAUCCCGCUUGGAUUUGGACACGACCGGUAGAUCAGCGCUUGACUACCUUAUACAUGCAGAAUUCCUUAAAGCUCGACUCUCCGCAAAUGACUCAGAUUAUAAAUUGUGCAGAGAAGAACAGAAUCACAGUCUGCAUCAGCUUUUCUCUGAACAUCCAUCAUUCCCUAUACAUCGCACAGGCCACUAUUGGCAGCAAUGGGAAAAUCCUCAAUAUCCGAACAAAAAUGAAGGCAACACAUAUGGAACGCACUAUUUUCGGGGAUUCCUUAGGCGACUGUCUUGACAGCGUGGUGGAAACACCCAUCGGUCGUGUCGGUGCCUUGUCAUGCUGGGAGCACGUUCAGCCACUUCUCAAGUACAACACGUACUUGCAGCGUGAGCAGAUCCAUGUUGCAGCUUGGCCGCCAGUAUUCGGUCAUGACGAUGGGGAUGGCCUCUACUCCAUGUCAUCUGAAGGCACCGACGUCCUCGCCCGAACAUAUGCAAUCGAGUCUCAGUCUUUCGUUCUUCAUACAACGGCCGUAUUAAGCCAGUCAGGUAUUGAGCGUAUGAAUACCAAAACAGGAGCGAUAAUGAACACAGCAGGGGGUGGAUUUUCGGCAGUUUACGGCCCUGAUGGACGCAGGAUCUCCACACCUCUCCCCGAGACUGAAGAGGGUAUUGUCUAUGCAGACCUGGACCUGGAUGAUAUUUGCAAAUCCCGAUCAUUCCUUGAUGUCUGUGGCCACUAUAGUCGUCCUGAUCUAUUGUGGCUGGGUAUCGAAGGUGGCGUUAAGAAUCAUGCCAAUAUCCGAGGGAACGCAGGCUACCAGUCGCAGUCAGGCCUUUCAAGGGAUUUAGAAUCAGGCUUGACCAUCCCCAAGGCUACUGGGGCCAUGGAAAGUACGACUGGAGCGGGACAUAGUGAUUAA